AUGUCACGUACUAUGCGAGGCCCGUCUCUGGAGUUGGCCAAUGCCAAUCAUGAAGGGCAAACCAGGAUAUCAAGAACCGUUCUGACAGAAGAACACAUUCCGUACCUAAAAGGAUAUUGGGUCUUCUUUGCCGGAUUUGGGCUCGGACUGGCUCUCUUCCUAACAAGUGCGGAGAUCACCAUCGUCAGUACCGCUCUGGCCACUAUUUCCAACGAUCUGUCCGGUUCGAAGCAGAGCAGUUGGGUCAUCAAUGCGUACCUACUGUCCUACACAGGCAUUAUGAGCCCUAUUCCGAUUCAUGCACUUCCGGCUAACCAAAAGCCCAGGCUUUCUCGUUAUGUGGGGCAAAUCAUCGUCUGCCGCGCAUUCCAAGGCGUUGGUGGCUCUGGGGUUUUCUCACUCACGCUUUACGGCCUCCUUCGCAUAGUUCCGCCGGAAAAAUACGAUGCUGUCAGCGCGGCAGGAUCUACCAUUAUUGCACUCGGCCUAAUCCUGGGCCCGCUGAUGGGAGGUGCACUAACGGUAUCCAGGGCAUGGCGCUGGAUCUUUCUCUUCAACCUACCCUGUGGAGCGCUGUCGUGGGGGAUCUUAUGCAUUGUCAUUCCGAGGUAUUUCCCCUACGGCCACCGGGAGGAUAACUCUGCUAGUUGUACGAGCUUCCGACGAACCCUUCGAGAACUUGCCAUACAGUCUGAUCCCUUGGGCAUGCUUCUUCUCCUUGCGGCCUCCCUACUGCUGGUAGCGGCAUUGCUCGAGGGAAAUGUAGCAUAUGAAUGGUCCUCAGCACUGAUUAUCAGCUUUUUCACGGUAUCAGGUGUCCUUUGGAUUUUCCUGGCAUUGUGGGAGUGGUACCUGGGCCUCCAACAGGGGGCAUGGCCUAUGCUUCCCUGGCGCACUUUGAAUAGCCGCGCAUGGAUGGGUGUCUUGCUUGGCUUCUUUUUAACCGGACCUGCGAUCACCAUUGUAUAUAUUGAGAUACCGCAGCGGUUUCAGACAGUCUAUGGGAAGUCCCCGUUAGAAGCUGGCGUGAUGCUGCUCGCCUACGCCAUCGCCUCACCGCUUGGUGGGAUACUCGCCUCGAUCUGCACUGGCCGAUGGCACAUUGCCUUUGUGUAUCUUCUUCUUCUGGGGGCAAUCUUACAGACAGUCGGGAGCUUUCUCUUGUCUGCAAUCCCCACCAGUACCGCGAUCUAUCCGGGGCAGUUCGGAUACAUGGCUAUUGCCGGACUUGGGUCGGGACUAUCGAUGGCCUCGCUGUACAUGCUCACCCCCUUGGUGGUGAGAAAGGAAGACCAAGCGGUUGCCAUCGGGGCCUCCCUUCAAAUCCGUAUGCUGGGGGCCGCCCUGGGUAUUGCUGUUGUGAACAGUGUAUUAACUAGCUAUGUCAAGGCGCAUAUUCCAUACGUUGGGUUUCCAUUUAGUACACAGUCGAUUGAGGGGUUGCCCCUCGAGGCUCAGCGUCAGGUCCGCACGAUCUAUGCUGCCGGGUAUAAUCUCCAGAUGAAGACUGUCGGGGCUUUUUCAGCAACCCAAGUCUUAUCCGCAGCACUUUUAUGGAAAAGGGAGCAGAUCCGUUUCAUCAAGUAG